UAGCGUUGGGCGGGGCAUGAGAAUUGAGGUACCCGCCCGCCCCGCCUCAUUGCCAUCACUAGAGCCAGGGCAGCAGUCUGACGACUAUGAAGCACAGCCAUCAUGGGAUGGUGGUGGUGGUAAAUUUGGUGGUCAGUUUGAAGAUAUGGAUGCACACAGUGACAUAGAGAACCCUAAUACACUAGUUUCUCAGCCUCGGCAGGUUGGUUCAUAUGCAAAUUCGAGCUAAAUACAAACUAUCCUUUUGCCUCCUUAGUAAAUCAUGAAUGAUAAAUUUCCUGAUGGUGGGGCAACUAGAUAAUAUGCACCACAAUUGUGAUGGGUUAAUAAUCUUAUUUCGUGUUUCAACACACUCAGGUUGCUAAAAUUGAAGACAAAUGUGAUAAGAGGUCAAAGCAAGUCAAUGUUCGAAGGUUGAAGGAAACACUUUGGCACCAUAUACAAGAAUCUUCCCAAUCAUCUCUACAGGUAGCGAUACUAACUUUCUUACUUUAUGCACUUACCUUAGAAGAACCCAUCCAUGAGAUUUAGUAACUAUAACAUUUUCCUCGUAUUAGUUUAUUUUCAUCUCACGGGCAUCCACUUCUCAAGUGAGUUAAACUAGUUGCAUGGACAUAGAAAUUUUCGUACUUAAUAGUUAUUUAUAUAAAACUCUUUGUUCAUGAGAAGGUCCAAGAAGAGCCAGCGUCAUUCAAGGACCUAUUGUGAUAUGAUCUCAUUUAGCCUCUUGAUGAAGCUCCAAUUGAGCUCCAAAAGAUCUAUCAAUGUUGGAAAGAAAAACGGAAGAAUCUGGCUAAGUGUUCGUAUUGUUUCGUGGUGCCUACUUUACAGGUUCAUAUCGUACAUUCUGGUUGAUGGAAAUACGAGAGGAAGGGUGGAAAGUGAAGAGCUCGUGUUUGUUUAUCAAUUUGAAGGGUCGUUUGCACCAGCUCGAGCCUUCAAGACCCUGAACAAAGAGUGUCAAGUUGCUAUGGUAAAACUGAAAAAAUGCCUGUUUUUGACUAAGUCUGGAAACAGUUUCCGACACCAACUUUGGAGGCUUAUGAAAUGCGAAUGGAGUAUUGUCGACGGGCAAGAAGAGCUGGAAAUUAAACUACAAAAACAGGAGUACAAACGACUGAAGGCUGAUUGGAACGUUGAUCCUUGGAAGGCUACAUUCGAGGGCUUCAAAGAUGCUAUGGAGACUGGUAUCAUUGCUUGCGCAGGAAGGCAGCAGCUUGGACGAGAAGCAACUGGGUUUUGUUACCUUUUAGAAUUAGGAUUCUGUUUCCUUGUCAAACUAGAGUUAGAUAUUUAUUUCCUUGUUAGUUUAGAGUUAGAACUAGGUUGUUUGUUGUCUAUUUAAAGGCUUGAAUGCCUCGUGUACAAGGGCAUGAGUUGAUGAAUAAAAGUUGAGACUUGUCUCCCAAAGCUUGUGAGUUGGUUGAGUUCCAGCUACGAGUUGCUUCGUAUCGAUUGAAAAUGCAUCAAUCGUGGCCGAGCUUCACUUCAAACCAAUCGAGCCUUCUUCCGCGUGAAAGAUUGCACCUUUGGUCCGUUUUAUUUGCAUUUUAAAUUGCUUACACUCAAGUCUCGUUGGAAGAGAGUUGAGCUGUGCACUUUGAUCCCCUACAAGCACAACCGUGCUCGUAUUAAGUGGCAUCAGAGCCUGUGUUCAACACAGUGGACUUGACGCGUUGGACGAGGUCUAAAGGACCUAUUUCGGAAGACCCUGCCAUUCGACAGCAAGCAGAGGAAUCUGCCUCCGACGAGGAGAAUCAAGGAGGCGACAUCACGAUGGCAGGACAAUUCAACACAACUGAAUUUUUGCAGACGAUCUCGGCGCAAAUUGGGACUCUUUUUCAAGCGCAAUUCAACAAAAUCGAGCAUCAAUUGGAGCAGCAAGGGCAACGGCUUGAUGCUCUAUCUGCGAACGUGAUACAGGGUACUCCGCGCCCUUUGGCGGCGGAAGUUAAUAACGGCGACGCCGGCAAUAACAAUCGCGAAUUGAUCGCGCGGAUUGAGGAAUUGGAGCAGCAGUUGGUGGCGACUGAUCUUGAGCAAGGCAGACAUCGACGAGGUAGACCCCCCCGAAACGGAGUCGACUAUACCGCCGGGGAUCAAAUUGGCUAUUCCCCAGUUUCAGGGAACUCUGAACCCAGCGGCGUACUUGGACUGGGAGAGGAAAAUCAUCCUCUUCUUCCAGUGCGGGCAGUUCACAGAGCAGCAAAAGGUCGCGAUGGCCACCUACGAGUUCUCUGACUACGCGGCGCAAUGGUGGGAACAACUACAGUUGCGACGUCGACGAAAUUUGCAAGCUCCUAUUGAGACUUGGGAUGAGCUGCGGGGAUUGCUGCGAGACAGAUUCGUUCCAGGCUAUUAUCAGCGAGAAAUUAAUGAGGCCUUGCAGG